AUCAGCGCAACUUCAGCGAGUCGGACUUGGGAGUCUAUGGAGUGACUUGGUCUUUUUAGUACAUCCAAGCUCGACUCAUAAGGAUCUCGUGAUGAGUAAGAGCACUCCUUACUUGGACGCAUUGUCCAAACACUUUCCAGCGGAAUGCUCGUCCAUCAUAGACUCCCUGAGUUCUGAACAAGCCCGAUCUGCUGUUGAUAUGCUACUUGCAUUUGCAUCUGGUGGUGAAUGCCCCUCAGACGUGUCAUCCCACGGCCAACUGGAGUGGACGCGCGAGCAACCUGCCGCCAUGAGGGCGGUGCAAGACGUCUCUGGACUGAAAGGCACCAAACGCGGGCGAGCAGCCAGCACUGAUGAAGAAGGUGUCGGCUCAAAUUCCAAACGUCAAAAAACUACAGAUGUACUUGAGGACGACCGGCCCAUUUUUACACUCCCUUUAAUAUCCACGAACUCGCCUGUUCGAAAAAAAGUUGACAUCACGAUUCACGAGAAGACGAUACGUUUUGUAAAUCCUUCAUCUCGUACUGUGGAAGCUUCGAUCCCUCUUUCUGAGAUCUCACGGGCAUUCCUGGUGCCAACGCGCGGAAAAGCAAAGCAGCACUGGACGGUCGUCAUGCUAUCCAGUGACGUACCUGAAAAGGGUCGGGCCACAACUUCUAACCCACACCAAAUAAUAUUUGGACUUGACGCUAUAAGCGCCUCUAAAUUCGACGCUACCUCCUACUCCGGCUCCUCCACUCCAUCCACGUCAACAGUAGCGAAAGGAGAGGAGACACUUUCUGUCCUACGCGAGUUUCUAACACAUCUCCCCAUUUCUGUUCUUGAGGCUUCAGCGACUGUAUUUCGCAGUGCGUGUGCCACUCCCAAAUCUGGACACAGCGCAGCCGGUAUCGAUGCCUAUCUUGCCGCCAAACCUGGGACUCUAUGGUUCUUCGAUUCGGGAAUUCUUUGGGGAGAGAGCAAGCCAUGCGAGUUUUGGGCCGUUGGUGAUCUAAUCCCAAAAGACGGUAUUCGAUUGAUCAGUGCUACGGGCCGCACGUGUUCUGUCAUCAUCGGGAGAAAGACACCACCGUCUACUGAAGAUCACAACAGCAAAGGGGGUCAAGAUGUGGAUGGAGAGGGAGAUAUUGUCGAGACAGAGUUCUCUAUGGUAGACGGUCGAGAACAAGACCCCAUCAACGGGUGGGCGAGGCAGCGGAAGCACUUAUUCGGGAAAGGUUCCGCCCCACCUCCUUCCAAAGCCACAAGUGGUAAGAAGACAACGACCCAGGAACAACCAUCUGCAGGCGGUACCACUGCUGCCAACGGUCCUGCAUGGGAUGACUCAGACUCAGAUGAUGACGACUUCGAGAUUGCUUCUUCGGAAGACAUUGAUCAUAGCAGCUCAUCAGAUUCAGAAGCGAGUAACAGCGGGGGUGGUAGCCAUGCUGAUGACGGGUCGGAGGGGGAAGACGACCGUGGAAGCGAUGCCGUCGACGAAGAGAGUGGAGAGGAAUCUGAGGAAGAGCUCCAAGAAGCGCAUCAUCCCCUCUUGCGACCAGGUGCUAUGCCUCGAAUGUCUAAAGCAGCCAUCGAUGUGGUGGUAGACAUGGUGAAUGAGGAUUUGAUAGGGGGCAGCGAGGAAGAAGACGAGCUCGACGAUUCAUAACUAGAACGAACAUAUUAGGUCACUUCAUCAGUACAAUCGCUCCUUGCUAUCGAUUCGCUCUCUUUGAUCGUGAAUAAGAGCUAAUUGGGGUCAUGAUGUCUCAAGUUGUUGGCAAGCCCCUAUUAUUUAUUCCGUUAAUACUUACCCCGAAGUUCUCUUUUACCUGCCCCUACCCUCCAUAAUGGCUACUAAACCCAAGUUUCGAUGACAGCAAGUCCGCAU